CACGCGCGCGCGCACCUACCCGUCGCUCGAAAGCGCUGAAAAUAAUUCACACACCGCAUCGCGUCUACGCGCCACGCACAGUAUACCGCCGUCGCCCGGAGCAGCGCGUGUCCGUGUGCACGCGGCGAUCUCAAAUGUUCAGUUCUUUUUUUUUUUUCAUUCUCACUCCGCGCGGCCAAUCAGUUAUUUUUAGUUUUUUCACGCACGCGGUUUCCGCCAGUUUUUCUCCGCUAACUUUACGUAAUUUAUGUUUAUCGUUCGUACGCAAUAGCCAUCGGCACUUGUUAUCCACCGUCCCGUCCGCCACCCCACUCGUACUACGAUAACAAUAAUAAUAUGAGUUACCAACGUGUACUUCGGGUGGUCGCGGUCUUGAUCGUCCUCGCAGCCGGCGCCGUUCGAGCUUGGAAUGUAAGCGUAGUAACUUCAGAUCAAAUAUACUUCCUUUCAACAAAUAAUACCCUAUACUCAAUAGAAAACAAAUUAAAAAUAAUGGGAGCAAUUGCGUACAAUCCUAUUACAAAGGACAUAUAUGUUAGCGACUCGAGUCAAAACAAAGCAAGUAUAUUCCGAAUAAAAUAUAUAGAGAAUGCAUACAGCAGCAUCGUCGAACCCAUCGUUGCUUUACUACAAGAGGCUGUGCAGGCAUUGGCAUUUGACUACCACACGUCCAACUUGUACUGGACCGACGGUAGCGGACACACUAUCGGUGUUGUAAACGUGCCGGAAAACACGAUAAAAAUUCCGCUCCCAUGGACAAAAUUGCAUUCAUUCCAGAACGAAACUCCACAGGGCCUUGCGAUCGACGUGUGUAGAGGGUACUUGUACUGGACCAACAAUCAUCAUGAUAACGCGACCAUUGAACGGUCGUUUCUGAACGGGACCGGACGCGAAGUGUUGCUGCGUGGCAAAGAACUGCACCAGCCGCUCGCAGUCGCGAUAGACGUGGAAAACAACCGGUUGUACUGGAGUAACGAGGAAGAAGGGAUAUAUUACAGCAUUAAGAGCAUGGACCUGAACGUGAAGAAUGGUACCAAGCAGAAGCUGAUCAGCGGCACUCGUCAUCGGCCGUUCGCGAUGGCGGUAGAUGAGCAGAACGUUUACUGGAGCGAUUGGAUCAACCGGGCCGUGUGGUCCCUGCCCAAGAACUCGUUGAAGGAUGGCGUGGUGAACACCCGGUUGGCCGAGUACGACAUGGACCACACGCCGAUGGCUUUGAUGACGCCCUCCGGCAACACGACGAAGGUCAACAACACGUAUUGCGCACUGCACCGAGAAAAAGAAAUCGUGAUGACGAAGACGGACGUGAUCCCUAAUUUGAUCCCGUACUCAGCGCUGAGGAACAUUUGCGGGAACAACAUGAACAUCACGUGUACGGUAACCGAUUCAGGAGAGCCGACGUGCAAGUGCCCGGAGAGCACUACCAAAAUCCAGGGCGAGGUACCGUUGUGCUCGCUGCCUUGCGAGAACAACAGCACGUGCACAAUUGACUCUAACGGAUUCACUACGUGCAAAUGUAUGGACAGUUCGGGCAACGUGUGUCAGUAUCCGACGAUUAUUAACAAACUGUGCAAAUCUCACUGUGCGGAUACCGCUGUACCCGAAUCGAAAAAGCUCGCUAUCUGCAGAUGUGAAAAAUCCAUAGCCACGGAGAACUACAACUUGUCAAAAGCAGAUAGAUCAAAUAUCAAUUCGGAUACAUCGAACCAUUCGGAUAAGUUGAGCCAUUCGGAUUUAUCGAGCCAUUCGGAUAUAUCGCAGUGCAAACUUAGGAAGAGCAUGUUUGUCGUGAUCUUCAUCCUAACAGUACUCGUCGCCAGCCUGGGUAUCAUCACAAUGAUCCUGGCCAGAAAAGUGCGGUUCUUAGGCCGCCGACCCAGGAUCAAGAAGCGCAUAGUGGUUAACAAGAGCAUCACGCCGCUGACGUACAGCAGACAACCACCAGAACAGAACCAACAGUGCGAGAUUACCAUCGAAAACUGUUGCAACAUGAACAUAUGUGAAACGCCGUGUUUUGAACCUGAUUACCGACCGACUCCGUCCGCAAAACUAGCGACUAUGAUACCGUCGUUGAGCAGGUCAAAAAAAGAAGACAAAGCCAACUUACUGAGCAACACUGAUAUGUCGAGCGAGGACGAGAAACCCGUCCUGCGUCGUUGAUACUACUAGUAGUUAGGGUUUAAAUUAUAUUAAUUUAUUCUUUAUCAAAAUCUUACUUAAGGGGCUGCAUUCUAUCGUUGUAGAUGGACAAAUUUGUGAUAUUGUAUUGUUCCAAGCCAUUUUUCUUUUGGUUCUUUUUAUAACGAUUAAAUUGCGGAAAGCAUCAUUUUAAGGCAUAGCGAUUAUUACCAUUUUUUUUCUCAUUGAAAAAUUACAUGAAAAUUUGUAUUAUAUAUUUAUCGAAACGUGUCGUGUGUUUGCCAAAACUAUUCUGUAAAAGCAGUAGUUCCACAUGUACGGCACGUUUGACUCGAAAUGAAUGCGCCGCUUAUUCUUCCAGAUAUGUGUAGUCCCCGUAAUUCAUGUAACUCGAUAAAACUAUUUAAUUUUUAUUAUUUUGAUUUUUUUUUAUAAGCUGUUUUAAAUACAAGACUGGAAAUUUGUAUCUUCAGUA